CCUCAGAUCCUGGCCUGCUGGAGCUCUGCAGACCUGUGGGGCCCCGGGGAGGACAUGCUGGUGGAGCUGGGGCCCUGUCUGCUGCUGGCAGUGGCACUGCUGGGCCCAGGCCCUGGGGCCCAGGCCAUGAAAGGUGUCAAAUGUGGCGGUGUGCUCUCUGCGCCUUCCGGAAACUUCUCCAGCCCCAACUUCCCCAGGCUCUACCCCUACAACACGGAGUGCAGCUGGCUGAUUGUAGUGGCCGAGGGCUCCUCUGUGCUGCUCACCUUCCACGCCUUCGACCUGGAGUACCACGACACCUGUGGCUUCGACUUCCUGGAGAUCUACAACGGGGCUUCGGGAGACAAGGGCAACCUGCUGGGGAGGUUCUGCGGCCAGGUGCCCCCGCCGCCCUUCACCUCCUCCUGGCAUGUCAUGUCUGUGGUCUUCCACUCCGACAAGCACGUGGCUAGCCGCGGCUUUUCCGCAGGCUACCAGAAAGAUGUGUGUGGCGGUGUCCUGACGGGCCUGUCGGGGAUCCUCACCAGCCCCGAGUACCCCAACAACUACCCCAACAAUGUGGAGUGCCGCUGGGUGAUCCGGGCCGCCGGCCACACCACCGUCAAGCUGGUGUUCGUGGACUUCCAGGUGGAGGGCAACGAGGAGUGCACCUAUGACUACGUGGCUGUGCUCGGGGAGCCCGGCGCUGCCCGCGGGCACCACUACUGUGGCAGUGCCAGGCCCCCCACCCUUGUGUCAUUGGGCCACGAGCUGCAGGUGGUCUUCAAGUCUGACUUUAACAUCGGAGGCCGAGGCUUCAAGGCCUACUACUUCUCAGGAGAAUGCCAGGAGGUGUACACGGCCGUGCGGGGCAACUUCUCCAGCCCACAGUACCCCAGCUCCUACCCCAACAACAUCCGGUGCCACUGGACCAUCCGCCUGCCUCCUGGCUACCAGGUCAAGGUGUUCUUCCUGGAUCUGGACCUGGAGGGGCCCAACAGCCUGACCAGGACCUGUGACUUCGACCAUCUGGCGGCCUUCGAUGGGGCCAGUGAGGAGGCGCCCCUGCUGGGGAGUUGGUGCGGCCACCACCUGCCACCGCCCAUCACCUCGAGCCGCAACCAGCUCCUGCUUCUGCUGCACACGGACCGCAGCACCACCCGCAGGGGCUUCUCCGUGGCCUACAUUGGAGUGGUGCCCGUGAAUGUGAGCUGCUCCCGCACGGACUUCCAGAUCCUGAUCUCCGCGCAGGCGCUGGCCCCGCUGGAGCGGACCAAGGUCUACCUGGGCAGCCGCAGCUGUGCCGCCCAGGAAGUCGGCAGCACCUUCCGGAUCCAGGCCCGCUUCGACACCUGCGGCACUGAGUCUCAGAGAAGAAACAACACUUCCGUGAUCGUCAGCGUGCUGUACAUCGACUUCUCAGCUGGUGGACGGGAGGACAUCCAUGAGUACGAGGUCCGCUGUGAGCCACGGCGCAAGGAGGCUUCUGUCCACCUUCUGUCUGGCUCCGACUGGCUUGGGCCCUAUGCUGCCGCAGCCGAGCACCUUCAGGAAGCACCACCCAGGGAUGAGGUGGAGGCACCGGAGGGCCCUGUGGCCAUGGUGGCCCAGGACACCAGUGACAUCGUCUUCCUGGUCCUUUGCAUCCUGGCUGGGGUCCUCAUGGUCAUUGCCAUCGUGGUCCUGAUGCUGCUGUGA